AUGGGCCAGCUUCUAGAAGAACAUAAGAAGAGUCUGAGGAGGAGAUGUGAACGUGUGACUGAAGGAAGUGAUGAAGCAGGAGGAGGAAGCCUCCUCAACAGGAUCUACACUGAGCUCCACAUCACAGAGGGACUCAGUGAGGAGCUUCAGAGGGAACCUGAGCUGAAGCAGCUGGAGACAGCUUCCAGGAAGGAGAGCCUCCAUCACACUGCCAUCAGGGUUCAGGACAUCUUCAAAGCCUCGGCCCAGCAGCUCAGACACAUCCGAGUGGUUCUGACCAGCGGCGUGGCCGGCAGUGGAAAAACCUUCUCGGUGCACAAGUUCAGUCUGGACUGGGCCGAGGGCCUGGAGAACCAGGAUGUCAGUGUGCUGGUGGUGCUCUCCUUCAGGGAGCUGAACCUGCUGGGAGAGCGGCCAUACAGUCUCCUCUCGCUGCUGGCUGUUUUCCAUCCCACGCUCCAGAAGGUGACGGCAGAGGAGCUGGCUGUCUGCAAGCUGCUCUUCAUCUUGGACGGCCUGGAUGAAAGCAGACUUUCUCUGGACUUCAGCAGCAGCCAGCGGCUGCUUGACGUCUCCCAGCAGUCUUCAGUCAGCCUGCUGAUCGCUAACCUCAUCCGGGGGGACCUGCUGCCCUCGGCUCGGGUCUGGAUCACUUCCCGACCGGCGGCGGCCCAUCAGAUCCCUCCAACAUGUGUGGACAGACUGACAGAAGUGCGAGGCUUCACUGACGCCCAGAAGGAGGAGUACUUCAGGAGGAGGCUGAGUGAUGAGGAGCUGAGCAGCAGAAUCAUCUCCCACAUCCAGACCUCCAGGAGCCUCCACAUCAUGUGUGGAAUCCCAGUCUUCUGCUGGAUCACUGCUACAGUUCUGGAGCACAUGUUGAGCAGCGAGCAGAGAGGAGAGCUGCCUCAGACCCUGACUGACAUGUACUCCCACUUUGUGCUGGUUCAGACACACAGGAAGAAGCUCAAGUACCAUGAAGGACCUGAGACGGGUCCACGGGAGCUGACAGAGGCUGACAGGGAGCUAAUUCUGAAGCUGGGCAGGAUGGCCUUGGAACAUCUGGAGAAAGGAAACAUGGUGUUCUACCAAGAAGACCUGGAGCAGUGUGGUAUGGAUGUGACUGAGGCCUCGCUGUUCUCUGGAAUCUGGGCUCAGAUCUUCAGAAGAGAGUCUGUGAUCUUCCAGAAAGUCGUCUACAGCUUCGUCCAUCUGAGUGUUCAGGAGUUUCUGGCUGCAGUCUUCAUGUUCCACUGUUUCACCAGCGGGAAGACAGACGUACUGAAGACCUUCAUCGGAGAGGAAGAUGAGGAUGAGGAUUUUUCUUUGGACAAAUUCUUGAUGAAGGUUCUUGAGAAAUCCCUCAGGAGUCAGAACGGCUACCUGGACCUGUUUGUCCGCUUCCUUCAUGGCCUCUCUCUGAAAUCCAACCAGCGACUCUUAGAAGGUCUGCUGGGUCGGACAGAGGUCAGUCCAGAAACCAUCCAGAGAGUCAUCCAGAACCUGAAGGAGAUCUACAGUGAUAAAAUGUCCCCAGACAGAAGCAUCAACAUCUUCCACUGUCUGACGGAGAUGAAGGACCUCUCAGUACAUCAGGAGAUCCAAGAGUUCCUGAAGUCAGAGAACAGAUCAGAGAAGAGACUCUCUGAGAUCCACUGCUCAGCUCUGGUCGACAUGCUGCAGAUGUCAGACCAGGUCCUGGAGGAGUUGGACCUGGAGAAGUACAACACAUCAAAGGAGGGACGACGGAGACUGAUCCCAGCUGUGAGGAACUGCAGGAAGUUUCGCACAAACCAUGAAAAGGCUAUUAUUCAGGUGUCCAGGAGGCAUCCUAAAAAGGUGCCCAUGCCUCCUGAGCUGGCCCCUGUCAAUGUGGAGGAGUAG